AGAAGAAGAAAAAAACGUCCAUGACGUCAGCAGUAAAACCUGCUCCGGCUGGGUGUCUGUCCGUCUGAAAGUGAAGUGUGUUUGGCGUGUUACUGGUGUCGAAGUUUCCCCGCUGUUGUCUGUCUUUCGUUGAGUGUUAGUCUUGUUUUAACUUCUCUCGCGAGCUUUUACGUUACGUAAUUUUGAAACCCAGGCUUUUAGACGAUUUAUGGGACGUUUUGGAAAAGUUCCCGAAGUGCUGUUUGAGGAACCGGUGGACGGCGGAAACCACCGGAGAUGGAUAAGCUAACCGAUAGCUGAGUUGUUAGCCGAGAAUCAUAGGUCAAGAAUAGGAUCAAGCUAGCAUGCUAACAGCUAGUUAACUUAGCAUUUAAUCGGCUAACCAAGUUACUUUUUGUCGACCUGUAACGUCCCAACUUCUGCCAGUUUUUUUCGUGCUGGCUGACAACGUUACACCAUUUAGUCAGAGGCCAGCUAACCCAGGAAGAAGGAACAAGACACGAGUGUUGUUGAGAGGUGGCGCCGUUUCGUCUCUCAGUCCAAACCAGGAGCAUGCUGUCCAACUCCCAGAACCAGCCACUGUUCCCCAACCCGUCGGGGCAGCAGAACCCAACGGGCCAGUUUCUCCCCUUAUACGCGAGACCCUCCUUACAGAUCAAGAAGAACGCCAUAACCGAUGACUACAAGGUAACCAGCCAGGUGCUGGGGCUGGGCAUUAAUGGCAAGGUGCUUGAGAUCUUCCAGAAGAAGACUGGAGACAAGUACGCGCUGAAGAUGCUGCAGGAUUGUGCCAAGGCCCGUAGGGAAGUGGAGCUGCACUGGAGGGCUUCUCCCUGUGCCAACAUUGUGCGCAUCAUUGAUGUCUAUGAAAACCUCUAUCAGGGCAGGAAGUGUCUGCUUAUUGUCAUGGAGUGCAUGGAUGGUGGUGAGCUUUUUAGUCGAAUCCAGGACAGAGGUGAUCAGGCCUUCACAGAGAGAGAGGCAUCUGACAUCAUGAAAAGCAUAGGAGAGGCCAUUCAGUUCCUGCAUGCAAUCAACAUUGCACACAGAGACGUCAAGCCAGAAAAUUUACUGUAUUCCUCGAAGAAGCCCAACGCCCUGCUCAAACUCACAGAUUUUGGCUUUGCCAAGGAGACCACUUCACACAACUCUUUAGCUACUCCAUGCUACACACCCUACUAUGUUGCUCCAGAAGUUCUUGGCCCAGAGAAAUAUGACAAGUCAUGUGACAUGUGGUCAUUGGGUGUCAUUAUGUAUAUCCUGUUGUGUGGAUACCCUCCUUUUUAUUCUAACCAUGGUCUAGCCAUUUCUCCUGGGAUGAAGAAGAGGAUCAGGAUGGGCCAAUAUGAGUUUCCAAACCCUGAAUGGUCUGAUGUAUCAGAGGAAGCAAAACAACUGAUUCGGACCCUCCUUAAGACUGAGCCAACGCAAAGGAUGACCAUAACCGAGUUCAUGAAUCAUCCGUGGAUUAAUCAAUCGAUGGAGGUUCCCCAGACCCCACUUCACACUAGCCGGGUACUAAAGGAGGAGAAGGACGCAUGGGAGGAUGUUAAGGAGGAAAUGACCAGUGCCUUGGCAACAAUGAGGGUCGACUACGAGCAAAUCAAGAUCAAGACCAUUGAGGACUCGACCAAUCCCCUGCUAACGAAAAGGAGGAAGAAAGCCAGCCACCCCAUGCCAGACCCACAGUCUGCUGCCCACUGAGAGUUGCUCACAUGCAUGCACAUACAGACACAGGUUGUAAAAAGGAAGCAAUAAUUUGUCGACACGUGAGUCGCGUUGCAUGUGUUUUCUCAGUGUUUUAUUUUUCAUGGCAAAUUCUAAUGUUUUGUAGGAGUCUUUGUUUUUAUUACUCUACCAUUUUAACAAACCCACCACUCUGCUCUGGCAGAGAGGAUGUUUAUCUGUGUUUUUACACCAGUGAAGAGAUUAUGAAUAGAGGAGGAGAGGAGUUGGAAUCGGUGAGAUCUCGCUCCCCUCCUUUCCCUAAUAUCAGGUUGUGUACUCGGAGGGGCUUGAAUGUUGGAAUAGGACAUAAAGCUUUAGCAUUAGCAGUAGUUCUAUCUUCAUCCCACAGCCCCUUUCUAGCUCCAGCCCCAAACCUGUGAAUGUUAAAACAAAUGGCUAAAUCCCAAAAAUAAAAGCAAGGGAAGUUUUCUUUUACUUACAUGCAAAGUAAGCAGAUGUAUUUUGAACUGACAAGUGGAAUGUAAGGACUCUGUCCCUGACUGUUGGAUUUAGCUGGUAAAGUGGGAGUCUGUCAGGUUCAGUGUGUCUUAUUGAAUGUCGAACGAAAUGCCUAUGCACUCACAAGGACCAUGUGCCAUUCUGACAGAGCACCUCUCUUGUGGCCCCUCUCUCCUACCUUAAUCUACCCUUGUUUUUCAGGUACAUAGUUUAUAGGGCAGAGAAGGACACCACACGUUCAAGAGCAGAAACUGGCUUGACCUUUCUCCCGCAUGUAACUCAUAGGAGAGUAGGAGCCAACCGAUACUGUAUUUUUUCAUGGAUUUUAUGAACAUAUUAGCAUAGGCCUUACUGAGUGUUGCUAAAGCAGCAAAUUACUUUUAACCCCUACCUACCAUUUGGUUCAGGCUUUUACCAAUGUUAUGCUUUCCAAUUUGUAACAUUGCCAGAUUAUAUUUCCGGUUAAUGCUAUGCAGAUGUGUUUGUCAGCUUGAAGUACUGCUAGGACCUUUUCCUUAGCAUUGAUUUUUGUUUGCAAAUGUGUUGGGAGAGAUGUCGUGCAACAAUAUACGUUGAUUUGUGUUUAUGUAAAAAGUAGCAUACACUCUGCUAUGGAAUACAUGGUUCAGACGGAUUGGGCAAGCUCUGAAGGUCUCUCUGAAAAGAUAAUUUUGUUACUAUUGGUUGCACCAGCUCAACUGUGAGGAGGCUCAGUGUGACUUUGGUGACAUGCCAGUGUUCGCCAACAUUUCUCCUCCACACUUCCAGGAGGAUUAAUAGAAGUAGAAAGUACUUGAGAGCUGCUCCUCGUCCCAAAGCAGAAACUCUGACAACACCACCAGCAAGCUGUCGUCGCACUCAAACAGGGUGUGAUGGUCGGUUUCUCUUUAAUGUUUUAAUGUUUUUUUUAACGCAAUAGUACGCUUCCAGCUCACAUGGGAUCAUGGGAAAUGAUUGUGUUAAUUUUGUCAGUUUGGUACACUUCACUUUGUAAAAUCACACCCACAUUACUUGUCACAUGGCACCUACAAAUCUCUCACUGUAAAAAUGUUCAUUGAAUGUUUGACGAUGUUCCUCUCUUUUUUUGUCCAACACCUUUUUUUGUAGUGGAAGCACAGAAUUGUCUGUCAUUCAGUCUGUUAAACUCCACCUGCCGUACUUUUGUCUGCUUCAGUUUUGGAUUAAAAAAACACACAAACACAAA